AUGGUCAUGGUGGACUAUGGUAGAAGCAGGGGCAGAAAGAGAGGUGAUGGCUUGGAAAGUAGGCAGGGAAUAGAAUUGGAAUAUGGAUUCAUAGAUAAUUGGAUCUUUCUCCUGAAGGUGGCUACUGAUCUUGUUGAAUGGUCAACGAAUGGAGGGCAUCAGCUUGAAGGCAAAGGAAUGAAAUGGGGUGAAGGAGGUCAGUUUCAUGGAUCAAAUGGUAAAGGAGGUCCCAUUCCUGGAUCAAAAGAAUGGAUGAUACAAGGAGAGAUUCCUGCAGGAAAAGGAGGAAUGAAAUGGGGUAAAGGUGGUGACCGGUCUGGAUCAAAAGAAUGGAGCGUAGAAGGAGAGAGUUCGGAAGAGAAAGGAGGAAAGAAAUGGGGUAAAGAAGGUCCCCAUCCGGGAUCAAAAGAAUGGAUGAUAAAAGGAGGGGUUCCUCCAGGAAAAGGAUGGAUGAAAUGGGGUUUCAAAGGUGGGGCUACAGUUGGCAGAAAAUUUGUCACCACGUUCCUGCAGAAUCACGGAUCCAACGAAAUUCCUCAAGUGGAGUUUCUAAUUACCGGCAUCUACCCCUCCACUCAGGUCACGCUUACCAUUAGCAACACUGGUUUCAGGAAAGAAGUGACGGUCAACAAAGGGGAAACGGUAUCCGUUCCUAUCACAGAACCCGUAGAGAUGCUCGGAACGGACACAUCCCCCAGAUCAGUGGUCAUUGAAGCCGAUCAUGGGGUGACAGUUGUUUCGCGUAGUUCUAAACAUGGCAGUUCUGAUACAGCUUUGCUUUACCCAGUAGACUGGUGGGGGAGUCUGUAUUACAUUGUUACACCCCCGUGGGGACCUGACACAGAAUAUAAAGAGUUUGCCAUCAUCUCCAAUGACAUGCCAACAAAUGUUACUAUGCAUCUAAAAGGAGAUGUGAAAUUCCAAGGAAAGGAUUAUCCGAAGGGAAGCAUUCUACGUGUCACCUUGGAGCCCAACCAAGCCACCCAGAUUCAGAGCAAAGACGAUCUGUCGGGCACUAAGAUAGAAGCCCAAUAUCAGGUAUCAGUCCUAAGUGGACACACAUGCGCUCAGAAAAAUGGAAACUGUGGCCAUGUCUACGAGCAGCUCCUACCAGUGGAACGCUGGGGAGAUACCUACUUUGUUCCCGGUCUGUCCUUUCAGCCUAAAUCAGACAUUGUGAUGGUUAUGGCUUACCAACCAACUGAACUUACAUACCAAUCUGGGACCAAAAAAGGACAGAAAACCAUAAAUGAAGGAGAGAUGGUCACCUUUGAUGUCUCACCAUCAUUCCCUUUGUCUCUGCGUUCUAAUAAUUAUAUUCAAGUCCUUUUGUUUGGCACUGGUGGAUCCUUCCCACCUUUUCUCUCUAACGCACCUGAUAUUAUGAGCUUUGGUCUUAAAUAUGUAAUCCCUGGGCAAAACAACGUUGACAACAAUGAGGGUGUUAUUAUAAUCAAGAUGCCGGGUCAGUCAGGAAUCACUAUCGACGAAAAGGCUCCAAAAGGAAUUCAGUGGAGAAAGUUCCCAGGAUCAGAAUACUCAUGGGGAGAGUUUAGAUUACCCCGUGGCUUCAGUUUUCACACCAUAGAGCACCCCACAAUGCCAUUUGGACUCCUCAGCAUUGGUUACUCUCCAAGUAUGAGCUAUGGGUCUAUCGCACCUUGUCUUAAAGUACUUCCAGUUCCUGGAGGCAAUUUGCCAUUGGGAUCAGAAUGGACCGUGGAAAUGGAACAGGGUGGCAACGUUCCAUUUGGACCAGACUGGACCGUGGAAAUGGAACAAGGUGGCAAAAUUCCAUUUGGACCAGAAUGGACCGUGGAAGUGGAACAUGGUAACCCUCCACUGGGACAAGCCCCAGAAGGUCCACUUCCUGGAACGAAAGAAUGGACGGUGGAAAUGGAACAGGGGCCAGGGCAAGUCCAUCCACUUCCUGUAACAAAAGAAUGGACAGUGGAAGUAGAACAUGGUAACCCUCCACUGGUACAAGGUCAAAAUGGACGGUGGAAAUGGAACAAGGAGGUGGACUCCCAUGGACGGAAGGCAAAGAACGCCCAUUGUCGGGGACAAAAGAAUGGACUGUGGAAGUGGAACAUGGUCAAUUUCCAUGGCCAGAAGGGCAAGAACAUCCACUUCCUGGAACAAAAGAAUGGAUCGUCGAAAUGGAACAGGGUAAAAUUCCAUGGACAGAAGAACAAGGCGGUAAAUUUCCAUGGCCGGAAGCAAAAGAAAACUGGAUUUCCUGGCUAA